GACUAUGAACUACUUGUUGGUGACUUGCCAUGGAAGUAUAUCGUAAAAGGCGAAGACGUUAAACAAGCUAAACUGGAAUUGCAAGGUGCUCCUCAAACCUCUUUCCUUUCUUUGACAUGUGAAUCAUUUCAAGAAUUUGCUCGAGCAGUCUUCAGUUUGAACACCGAAGAAGAGCCAAACUACGCAGCAUUGCAAGCUUUGCUUACGGAAAUGGUUGGCGAUCGGAAGAUGAGCGAUCCUUAUGACUGGGAGAUGAACUAUCGCGAGGCCAUCGAAGGUGUGCGAGUGUACCCUUUUUCGGAUUCGAACAAAAGUGCAAACCUCGACAUCGAUGUGCCGCAGUGA